AAAAAGGCCGUUUAUUUAUAUUCGUGUGAGAUUAGCAUUUUGACACGCCCUUAGGAGAAAAGAGGAUGGCACAAUUACCUCCCAAAGUACCCCAAAAUUGGUCUUCUUGUCCUCUCCAGCGCAUUCCGGCGACGACAUUGCCAAACUUCAUCAAUUCGACCGCCUCGCCAUCACCGUCUCUCGCCACCAUGACCGGCUCUUCCACGAACCAGAUUCCUCCAUCAUGGGUUGACGAGUUCCUUGACUUCUCUUCCAUCCGGCGUGGCGCCCACCGCCGCUCCAUAAGCGACUCCAUUGCCUUCCUGGAUCCACCAUUGGACGGAGAAAGCAAGGCUCUGCCGGAAUCCAACGCCAUGCUGCCAUCUGAAACCAAUAUUGGCUUUGACCGGUUUGAUGACGAGCAGCUUAUGUCUAUGUUCUCCGACGACGUUUCCCUCUCGUUGCCCCCCACGGUUUCCUCUUCUUCCGACCAAAACAGCAACAACAACGACGAGAAGACGGCGACCACCCCGUUGAAUCACCAGCAGCACCCCAAAACCGAGCCCGGAGAGGUUCAAAGCUCAUGCAAGCCAGAACCUCAACCGGUAACGCAACCGCAACCACAACCGCCUCCAACCUCCAACCCCGAUUCCAGCAUCGAUCCAAAAAGGGUUAAAAGAAUUUUGGCAAAUCGGCAAUCAGCGCAGAGAUCGAGAGUAAGAAAGCUGCAAUAUAUAUCAGAACUUGAACGGAGCGUGACAACAUUACAGACUGAGGUGUCGGCAUUAUCACCAAGGGUUGCAUUCUUGGAUCAUCAAAGGGUGAUUCUUACUGUUGAUAAUAGCGCCAUGAAGCAACGGAUCGCUGCUCUGGCCCAAGACAAGAUUUUCAAAGACGGUACGUAAUUAAUUAGUCAAUAAGACUUUUUUUUUCAU